AGUUUACAACAUUACAGACUACAGAGUCAUACUCAUAGCUGUAAUUUAAUUUUUCAUUAUUUAUUUUGUUGUUGAUCUAUAAAACAAUUUACGACGAUUGCGGUUACAAUAAUUCACACUUGCUAUCGGUUUGUGUUCGAAAUUCCAAUUCAUAUUCGAUUCUGUAUCAUGUAAACGAGGGCACACGGAUCAGAGAAAAAAAAUGCCGACUGAAGUCACUGUACAGAAUUUGUACAUUUUUAACUCUACAUUAUCGAAUACCGAGGACGAUGGAGCUAAAAAAAUAUUAUUUUAUUAUCCAGAACAUGAGGAUGAGAACAAAAAAGUUCUCAAUAUCGGUCACAUUGAAGCUGUAAUCUGUUUUGCACGGAACUUUAAUGCAACUGAGUCAUGUGAAUCAUUGCGUACUGAAAAAUCAUUGCAAGUGUUGUUCAAUGCAGAGCCAGAUUUUUGGAUAGUUAUUACUGUGUCAGCACAAUGUAAAUCUAAACAAAAGUCUUCAGAGUCCCCAGAUGAACCUGUAUAUUGCACGGAUAAUCUCCAAGAACCAAUCUAUUUGGCUGUCUUGAAACACUGGUAUCAUACGUUUCAAAUGACUGUGGGCAGUAUGACUAAUCUAAUGAACGAUAAUGAUCCAGAUUAUCUCAGACUUAUGCUUAACAAAUUUUAUAGCAAGUAUUUACAGAGUACUGAUGUAUCGAGUCACACAUUUAUGGAUAUGUUUCAAGGCAUCAGUUUUCUUCCCUUAGACAAUGCCAUUCAUUUGAACGCGCAGAGUUUUCUAAAUAUUAUUGAAAACACUUUUCAACAAGUACAUUUUACAAUGUUACUUUAUAAUGAUUCACUUGUUUGGAGUGGUCUCAAUAAACGUCAAACUCAACUUGUGUAUUCCUAUAUUUUAAUGUGGGUUUUACCAGAAAUUUCAAAGAAAGACAAUUUAGUCAAAGGAAAUUCAGUUCAACAAUGUUUGCCUAAUCAAUUAGUUGGAAGGUUUAUAACAAAUGUUUGGGCAGUUAAAACAGAUAGUUGGAUUAGUGAUUUGGGUAAGGUUCCUAUUUUAAGGUUAAAUGAUGAAAACGACGAAACAUUCAAAAGCUAUAGGCUAGUUAUGUAUAGAGCUCAUCACUCAAUUGUAUGUAUGUUUAUUAAAAUGGAAAAUCCUUUAACGGCAGAUUUAUACAACUCAUUAGAUCAGUUUCUUGGGACAAAAUUACAUUUGUUAUCAGAAAAGAUGAAAAAUACAGUUGAAAAGACAUUGGCUUCUAAAUUGUAUACUGAAAGACCUGCUAAAUUUGUAUAUUUUAAUGGUAUGAAUUUAGCUAUUAAAAAUUCAAUUAAGCAUUCAAACACAGCAGCUACAACUAAUAGACCAUCUGAAUUUAAUCUUAGUCCGGAUGCAUUACGAGUGUUAGUGGAUAUUAGCAGCCAACAAUCUUGUAUGCACCCAACUUAUUCUGUUAUGAUAAAAACAUCUAAUGAUAAUUGGGUAGCUGGUAGAUUAUGUAAUUCGCGAGAAAUUUAUAUAGUGUUGAAUCAAAAGUUGACCAAGUUAUAUGAUGUAGAUUCUGAAAUUCAAAGUCUUUGUGCUCAGGAAUUUGGGACAAUAUUUUUUUAUGAUUAAUAAGCUAUAGCUUACAUAAGUAGCAGAUUGACUACCUCAAAUUAUAAAAUAUUAUUAUUCAUUUCAGUUUUCACAAGAACAAUUUUUAUUUUAAAAUGUUUCUUAUCAACGUAAUCAUUAUUUUAUUUUUGUUAACUUAAUGAAAAUGUAAAAUAUAUUAUUGUUAUAAAACUUCUAUGUAUUAUAUUAAAUAUACAUAUAUUUUUUUAGAUUGAA